AUGAUCGACGCCGGUGUCUAUCCCGCGUUCAGUAAUCUCCACAAGGAUGGCCCAGUGCAUCCAACCAACCUGUCGAGUAUACAAGAACGCCUAGAGCAACCUCGCCGCUCCCUAUCCCCCUCCCGCUUCACAGAUGCAGACUUCCUCGAGUUCCAGGUGAAGGAUCAUGAGGCCCAAAGUCACGUCAUCAUUUUAAAAAACAUUCUACCUUUGAUUCUCGGCAGCUCCAAUGUCCCCGAAGCGAGCGAGAUUCUUUUCACUAAUAUCAAGAGUGUUCCUGCGGAUAACUUUACUCAGCUGAAACCCGAUAUAUAUGACGGUGUCGAUCCUUCCAACUUGGACGCGAACAUACGCAAUAUACUGAGCCGUUAUAUCGAGCCAUCUAAGAACUCCUCAUGCCCCUGUCUUCCAAACGCCUAUAUCGAAGUCAAAGGCAAGAACCAAAGCCCGCAAAUUGGGCAAUACCAAGCCCUCCACGACGGCCUCAUCGGCGAACGCGCCAUGCUUAAAAUCAUCCAGUACGCCAACAACGACGAAAGCCCCAACAAUGCCGCUCACACCAUCGCAGCUAUCUACCACGCCGGCGACGCCCUGCUAACCCUUUACACGAUGCACGCAAUUCAAAGAAAUGAGCACGGCGAACAAGAGCGGAUCGGGUAUCGCCAGACGCAGCUAACAGGGUUCAAGAUGGAUAGCCGCCAGGACCAGUGGAUUGCCGGUGCUACUACGCUAAGGAAUGCACGGGAAUGGGCACGUGAGCAGCAUGAAAACGCGGUCACGAAGGCUCAUGAUGCAAUUGAUCCCAUGUUGGACUUUGGCAACGGAUAG